AUGGCGACAGGCACGGCUCUCGACGACCCGGAGUCCUACACCGUCGGAUGGAUCGCUGCGCUCCCUAUCGAACGGGCUGCUGCAAUUGCCAUGCUUGACGAGAAACACGCAGAGCCAAAGGGCUUCACGAGGCACCCGACUGACACCAACGUCUAUACCUGGGGCCGUAUGGGCGAGCACAAUAUCGCAAUUGCUUCUCUCGCCGCCGGUGUUUAUGGGCUCACCUCAGCCGCUACCACAGCCUCUAGCCUGUCCUCCUCGCUCCCGUCCAUCAGAAUCGGUCUUCUGGUCGGAAUUGGCGGUGGAAUCCCUCGGCCGGAUGAGGGUCGUGACAUCCGUCUCGGCGACGUGGCUGUCAGCAAGCCUGAUGGAACCACGGGCGGCGUCUGCCAAUACGACUUGGUCAAGGCGAGGCCCGGCAAACGUCGUGAGCGAAAAGGCUUCUUGGGGAAGCCUCCGACCGUCUUGCUCAAAGCCCUUACAAGCAUUCGAGCAGACCACGAGAUGAAGGACUCCAAGAUACCCGAGCUUGUGGAAGGCAUGCUGAAGAACAACCCUAAGAUGGCAAAGAAAUCAAAACAAAGUCCUGGCUAUGUACACCAAGGAUUCGACAGCGACCGCCUCUUUGAUGCAUCGUACGAGCACGUCUCCGGACCAGAUUGCCACAGUUGUGGAGAAGCAAAUGAGGUCGAACGAGAACCACGAGACACCACGAACCCCGAGAUUCAUUACGGCGUGAUUGCGUCUGGCAACACGCUUGUCAAAGAUGCCGCGGCUCGCGAGCAAAUUGUAGCCGAUGUGGGAGAGGAUUGUAUCUGCUUCGAGAUGGAGGCUGCAGGCCUGAUGAAUCACUUUCCAUGUCUUGUCAUACGCGGCAUCAGCGACUACGCCGACUCUCAUAAGAACGAUCGUUGGCAGCGCUAUGCUUCGGCCACCGCCGCUGCCUAUGCGAAGGAGUUUCUUGCAUACGUGCCGGCCGCAGAGGUUCAGGGAUCCAAAAGAGCGCUGGAAAUCCUUGAAUCAGUUGAGCAAAAAGUCACUGUCACGCAGCAGACCACACUUGCAAUGAAAGAAGCGGUAGAGUCCGUAGUUUCCGGCAAUCAGCGAGAGAAGAUCCGCCACUGGCUUGCGCCUCCUCCCGAUCCAUCUACCAACGCCAAUCAGGCGAGAAAGCUUCGUCAUGAGGGAACGGGUGGCUGGCUUCUAGAAACCGCAGAGUUUCAGAACUGGGUUGCUGGGACAUAUCGACACUUGUGGCUACAUGGACUGGCCGGUUGCGGCAAAACGGUUCUCAGCAGUACAAUCUUGGAUCAUCUCAUGGGAGAAGACGGCCGCGUUGUCCUCAGCUUCUUCUUUGACUUCAGCGAUCAAACUAAGCAGACUUUGGAUGGAAUGUUGCGGUCACUUGCAUCUCAACUGUACCAGGGGGGCUUGGACUCUGCGGCACGUCUCGACAAUGCCUUCCGAGCACACCGCGAUGGGGAGAACAAGCCGACUACAAAUUUUCUUCGUGAUGCUGUGCGCAUGAUCUUGGCCGAUCAGAAGCAGGUUUUCGUCGUUAUCGACGCCUUGGAUGAAUCAACAACACGGGACGAAAUCUGCUCGUGGAUCAAGAGCAUGUUUUCCACGCCAGAGCUGGUUCACGUUCGGCUACUUUACACUGGUCGACCAGAAGCCGAGUUUAUCAGCGAGAUACCCACCUUGAUUGGAGAAGAAAGCUGCUUACGCCUGAACAAAUUGGCUAUCGAUGCCGAUAUUCGCUCUUACGUGACGGCGAGACUUGAGAACGACCCUGGCUUCAACAAAAAGAGGCUGUCCGAGGACCUAAUCGAACAGCUUCGUGACAGAGUCGGAAACAGGGCCGAUGGAAUGUGA